UGCUGUGACCUGGGCUACCAUGCCAGUCUCCACCGUGCGUUGCGGACCUACCUGUCAGCGGAGAUGAACGUGGAGGCGUCUAAACACACUGGUCUGGAGGGCCUGGAGGGGGCAGUAGAGAGCCUGGAGCCCAAUGGGGACAAGCAGAGACUGAUGGAGACCUACAAUAACGUCUUCUGUCCCCCCAUGCGCUUCGACUUCCAGUCACACAUGGGAGACACGAUGGGGGUAGUAUGUGCCCAGCAGCCGUUAGAAGGGGAGUUACUCCAGAGGUGUCAGCAGCUGCAGUCCCGUCUCUCCACCCUCACCAUCGAGAAUGAGGAGGUGAAGAAGACUAUGGAGGCCACUCUGUCGACCAUCCAGGACAUGGUCACCGUGGAGGACUAUGACGUCAGCGAGUGUUUCCACCACAGCAACUCCAUGGAGUCGGUCAAGUCCACCAUGAGCGAAUCAUUCCUUAGCAAACCCAGCCUGGCCAAGAGACGGGCCAAUCAGCAGGAGACGGAGCAGUUCUACUUCACGAAACUGAAGGAGUUUCUGGAGGGGCGGAACCUGAUUACCAAACUGGAGGCCAAACAUGACCUGAUACAGAAGACUCUGGGAGAGAGUCAGAAGACUGACUGUUGCCUUGCCAGUGACAGGAGGAACUCUGCACUACGGAAGCAGGAGGCUGGCCAGGUCAUCCCUCUGAUGGUGGAGAGCUGUAUCCGCUUCAUCAGUCGCCAUGGUCUGCACCAUGAGGGCAUCUUCAGAGUGUCUGGCUCUCAGGUGGAGGUCAACGACAUCAAGAACGCCUUUGAGAGAGGUGAGGACCCGUUGGCGGGGGAUCAGAAUGAUCAUGACAUGGACUCCAUCGCUGGCGUUCUAAAGCUCUACUUCAGAGGCCUGGACCACGCCCUCUUCCCCAAGGAAGUCUUCCAUGACCUCAUAUCCUGUGUCUCUAUGGAGAACCUGCAGGAGAGGGCUGUCCACAUCAGGAAGGUUCUGAUGUCUCUGCCCAGCAACACUCUCAUCAUCAUGAGAUACCUGUUUGCCUUCCUUAACUACCUGUCCCAGUACAGUGAGGACAACAUGAUGGAUCCCUAUAACCUGGCCAUCUGCUUUGGGCCCACCCUGAUGUCAGUCCCAGAGAGCUGUGACCAGGUGUCCUGCCAGGCCCACGUUAACGAGCUUAUAAAGACCAUCAUCAUCCACCACGACGGUGUCUUCCCCGGACCACGGGACCUGCAGGGGCCCGUCUACAUCAGUCCAGGGGCCACUGACGAGGACUGUGAUCCCCAAUGUGAGCCCCCCCUGGUGGACAUACCUGCUCCUGACACCAUCUCUGUCAUCCACAACAGAGAUGAUGGCUCAUUGGUCGUUUCAGAAUCUGACCCAAUAGAGGCCAUCGCUCGCUUCGACUACUCCGGACGGACCAACCGGGAGCUGUCGUUUAAGAAGGGCGCGUCUCUCCUCAUUUUCCAGCGAGCCAGUGAUGACUGGUGGGAGGGCCGACACAACGGAGUGGACGGACUGGUGCCUCACCAGUACAUAGUGGUUCAGGACAUGCCGGACGGGGGCAGAGGCAGUCCAAAGACUGAAGCGGAGUUGCAGAAGGAUAGAGCGUCCACUAGGGGCACCGCUGCCUCUCCUACUGGAGCUCACGUAGCUGACAUCUACCUAGCCAACCUCAACAAGAUGAGGAAGAGGCCUGAGUUGGGGAGUAUCCGUAGAAACUUUUGGGGGUCUGAGGUGGGCCAGGGGGGUGAUGUGUCCCUAUCUGGGGCGACAGGAGGGGGCGUAAGGACGGCCAGUCUGCCGGUGGGAGGGGCUCUGGUGAAGGAGGGCGGCGACAAGCGACCGGUCAGCGCCCAUAGUGUCCUCAACUCCUCUAUCACACGCCACUCCUCUCUCAAGACCAAGGUGGAGAGCCCUCAGUUCUGCAAGGCGACUACCACGGGGCGCUCUAAGAGCUUCAGCAACCACCGGCCCCUGGAUCCUGAGGUCAUCGCUCAGAUGGAGCCCACCUCACAGGAUAUCGAGGCAGCUAUGAGCUCUGCUCUGAGUGAACUGAGAGAGCUGGAGAGGCAGAGCAGUGCCAAGCACACACACACCCCCGACGUGGUGCUGGACACACUGGAGCAGCUGAAGGGUGUGUGUGGGGGUGGAGGUGGGGGCGCGUCCGAGCCCUCCAGUCCUCUCCACUCCCGUCUGCUGAGGGACAGCGAGGGCGCAGGAUCUCCACACUCACACCCCCUCCAACGCAGCGCGUCGUCCGCCAGCGACGUCCCCUCCUCCUUCCGCCCCUCCAAGCCCAGGAGCCCCCUGCCCUCUUCCGCUUCCUCCUCUCUCGCCUCCUCAGCCCUCUCUGCCUCCAAUCCCUCCUUCCGAGAGCCUCGCCCUCCAGCCACGCGGCCCAAGCCGGUGGUCUUCCCCAAGGGUGGAGGAGGUGGCAGUCCGGCUAUGGGCUCCCCAACCACCACUGUCCCCCCAACCCCUCCUCCACCACCCCCACCCCAGCCCAACGACAAGUCCUGCCCCGCCUGAGGGCACUCACCCACAUAUACACAUAUACACACACACACCCCUUCGAUCCACACAUCCUGCCCCCAUCUCCACUCACCCCAGUGAUAAGUGGGAUAGCUCUCACCUAGGAUCAGCUUACCCUCCCAAACUCUUUAACCAUUUAUGGGGAAAAACCCCAAACAAUAUGUAAAGCAUCCAUGACUCAAGUCUGCCCCUUCUUGGGAGCAUCAGUCAACACACCUACCUUCUGACUGACACGGACCAAUACAGAAAAUCAAACAAGGCAUCAAAAUGGACAAACAGCAUGACAAAAAGAGAUAUGGCGCCUGUACUGUAUAUACUGGUGUGAGGUGUGUGUGUGUGUGCCUGUGUGAGGUCUGGGUGGCAUACCUUACACUUGAGUGAGAGCACUGUUUGAUUUGAAAUAGAUGGGACAUUUAAGGACAUUUAUCCCCAACUAACCUUGAGAAGACUGGAGUGGACAGGAGGAGUGGUUCACCUGGAUGGCUGUGUGUGUGUGUGACUCCUGAAUCCACACUCUCUGAGAACACACAGACAGACUGUGGAACAGAGAACAAUUAACUAACUCAGUACAAAACUCAGUAACAUGUUCACUCUGCUGCUUCAAGACUGGGGCAAGACUGGAUCUACCAGCCUGGACAGAAAGAAAGAGAGAGCUGGACUGAUAGAUGGAUGGAUGGACAGAUGGAAGAUCAGAGAUGAGGAGAGGACCAGAGGAUAAAGCGACUCCAGUGAAAAGCUGGGCUAUAUCUCAGAUAGAAAAGCGCUGGAGUUGAGAAUGCCUGUUUCUAUGUGAGGAGGAGAGAGCUAGGCUACAUCUCUGAUCCCCCUAGGUGUCUGGGCAGCAAGCUGAGUGUUGUGGGGAUUCAUUCUAACAUAAAGCGCUAACCAGUAGAGCUGCUUUACACUACACUCUUUUCUACUGUAUUCUACUAGACUCUACAUCAGGGCUUUUCAAUUAGUGGCCCUCAGCGGCCAAAGUUAUGCUGGUUUUCUUUUCUAAGUGGAAAUUGAUUGACCAACUAAUGUAAUUGAUUUGGCAGAGAGUCCAAUCACCUGUUUCCCAGGUGUGAAGGAGUCCCUAGUUCGAGGGAAAUCAUUUAAUGCAGUAGUGAUGGGGCCCUCCAGGACCAGAAUUGAAUAGCCUUGCUCUACAUUCAGUACAACCAACAUAGUGCAACGCUUGUCCGGCUUUCCAGCAGCACCUCCUGCUGGUGCAUAAGCGCACGACAUGGCCGUGUUCAAUAACCACCCUUUCUUUAGCAAUAAGAGUCUGACUCAGACUCAUCAACUCAGCAGCAUGCCAGGCCUGCUGCUUCUCUCUCCCUUAGAUUCCCAGCAUUAAUAUACACUCUAUUGCAGAAGUAGAAUACACAGACACAUGCAUGACGUGUGUGACGUGUGUAUGUGUUCUGUGGCAGCUAAAUGCCUUUCAGGUUCUAAUCGCAUGCUGGGGCCACAGCAGUCGCAGUGCUGACUGACUGACUGCAUCUAUCUACAAUACAAGCAACGCACCACUUAGACCCGCUACAUGCAAAUUAUGACUCCAAACAAAAUCAGCAAAGAUGUUAUUUUUAUGUGUAAAUGUUUAAUAAUCAUGAUGAUAACUGGAAAAGUGCAGAUGAGGAAUCUCAGUGAGGUGGAAGAGUUUGUUUAGAUACAACCACAAACAAACCUCGUCAAGCACAUUCGGAAUAAUGACAUUAUGCUUGUUUUCUUCCAGUUGUUAGUUAAUCCUCAGAUUAUGUAAUCCUAAAUUGUGUGUCAGUGACUCUUCACAGCUCUUAGAACUCAAACAUAAAUGGAAAAUCCACUCAAGAAUUGUUUGGUAUUUUUUUCAUUAGUCCACUGUUGAUACAGUCCCAAAAUGUUUUGCUUGUCAGCAGUCAAGUUUUCAAGAUAUUUUGCAUCAUCAUGAUGAUGUGGCCGGUGACACUUCGCUUCUUGAAUGUCUAAUAUCUUGAAAACUUGACUGCUGACCUGCAAAGCCUUUUGGGACUGUAACAACAGUGGACUAAUGAAAAAAUAUACAAAUAUAGUUUUUGAGUGGAUUUGCCCUUCAACUGCUCAUCAUGAAGGGAACCAACUAAUGGCAGCUCUCUGGAGACAGGGGGACAAACAGGAAGGGGACACAGACAGCAGAACCACUUCCUGUGUCACCAGAGCCACUCUGCUACCAGCAUCACUGCUCACUAGGCUUAAUGUUUGUGUGACUGACUAGUACUCAGUCCCAGCCAUUUCAGACAGAGGACAAGAGGAAAAGUGUCACUGUCUCCUCUGUCGUUCCUCUACCAAUAGCAUUGGUGUGUAUCAUGGCGGACCAGCAUCAAAUAAUUGAUUGGAUUUAUAUAAUCCAAUGACAUGAGUUAAAGCAACAGCCCUGAGGUCUGUUCUGUUGCGCUCGUCUUUAAGAGAACCUCUGCUGUGACUCCCUAAAUGUCUAUUACACAACUCUGAGUGUCGCAUCACGUGGUCAAUGUCAAAACAAUCCUGUCCUGUCUGUCACAGUGGGAGAAUUAGCAUUUUAUGUCGUCUGAACUGUGAUUUGUCAAGGGGAGGAGACAGAAUGUUUUGAUUGGUCAAGGUCAGUGGGAGGCGGGAUGGUCUAGUGAUUGACAGCUUUAACACCCUGUCUGAGAUCAGGAUAUUUAAUGUCAGGGCUCAGAGAACCCUGAGGGGAGAAGGGCAGAGCCACUAGUUAACCAGGCAGACAUUUCUGUCAUUCCCCCUCUCCCUAUCACCCUCCUCUCUCUGUACCUUUCUCCUUCUCCUAGCAUUCUCCCUCUGUUCCCACAGACACACCUUUUCCUUACAAAUAUCCCUCUGUCUGUUUCCUCCCUUAUUCCUUCCGCCGCACCCUGCAAACCCCAGGUAUAUAAUUGUAUUAUUGCAUUCCCAAAUGCUCUGUAACAGGUGGUUGAAUUCUUAAAUGUAAUGUUUUAUCUCUAUGUGUGUAUUUUAAGAUGUAUUUUACAUUGUGUUGCUCCUCUUACCUCAUCUUGGCAACUGGAGGGAUUUUGUGUGUGUGUGGAGUGGUGGGGUGAAUAGGCAUUAACACACAUGUCAUACGAACAUACACUCAUGGGUGAUGCUUUGUGGUUGGUGUCUUUGUGUUAUCCUGGCUUCACUGUAUAGGAGCUAGGAACCUCAGUCUCCACACCAUAUUAUCAGUUGAUCUCAAAUCAAUCAUCAUGCAUUUAAAAUUACAUGGUGUGCUCGUGGACUGGUUGAGUGAGGAUGAUUUUUAUUAUGAUUAACUAUUGUUAAAUAUGCAUUUCUUGCCCAUUUGCAAACACAAGACCUAAAAAAUGACUGUAAUGUCAAAUAUAUUUAUAGUUGUCUCUGUAUUACUGGAGAAUCCUGUGUUAAGAUGUACUUUGUAUAUACAAUGUUGUACAUUACAGAGGUACACUCUUUUUUUGGUACAAUAUUGUACAGUAAUAGUAGUUUAAUCAAAUAGGUCUUCUAUAAUUCUUUGUGUAGUUCUUGUAGUAGACUUUUUUAAAUAAACAUUGCUUGCUAUGAA